UUCUGAAAUUUUAUGUUUCUCUAAAAUGUUUAUGUUGUUUUUAUUAAUUCUGAUUUUUGGAAAUACCUUACAAAAUGGAGAAAGUGAGGAAGACAAAUUGUUGCUUGUCCACACGAUUUGGAGGCACGGAGAUAGAGCACCAAUUACAACAUACCCAACUGAUCCCAACGGGGAAAGUCGGUGGCCUUUUGGAUUUGGAGAACUUACUGAAUUGGGAAUGCGGCAACAAUAUUCUCUCGGCCAUUUACUUCGAAAACGAUAUAUUCUAGACAAUAAAUUCAUCAGUGAGCGUUAUACCCCCAAGGAGAUUUAUAUAAGAAGUACAGACGUAAAUAGGACAUUGGCUAGUGCCCAAGCAAAUCUUGCUGGAAUGUUUCCGGUGGGAGUGCCAGGAAUUGACAUUCCCGAUUUGCCAAAGAAAUGGCCAUCGCGUUGGACACCUAUUCCGAUACAUACAGUGCCUAUUUAUACAGAUAACAUUGGGAACUUGGACGCCUUUUGUCCCCGUGCAGAACAACUCUUUACCAAGAUCAGAACAAGCCCAGCUUAUUUAAAUGUAAAAAAAGAAAAUGAAAAAUUCUUUGAAUAUAUUAAUGAAAAAACAAAAAUGAAUUUUACACUUGAAAGUAUUGGUUUACUUGAUGAUGUUAUUUAUAUUGAAAAUUUGUAUAACAUGACCCAACCAGAAUGGCUUACAAAAGAAAUACAGCAACACAUUUACAAUUUGACUUUUAUGUUAGUCUUAAAAGAACCCUCUUUUUUACGUACACCCUUGGGGCCAAGAAGAGUCUCUUAUAUUGAGGGAGCCUUUGAUUUCUAUUUUGGAAUUGAACAACAAAUUUAUUCGCCAGAAAUGAUUCGACUAAGGGGAGGAAAUUUGCUAGGAGAUAUCGUAAAAAGAAUUAAAUUAAAAUUGGAAUGUUUAAAUAAAAAUGAUAGCAAAUGUAGUUGGAUAUCUAAUUUAAAAUAUUUUGCAUAUUCUGCGCAUGACACAACAGUUGCUGGAUUUUUGUGUACUUUAGGGGAUGAAGAAAGUGUUGCUGGAACGGCUCUUCCCCACUACACCGCCUCUAUUUCCAUAGAAUUAUGGCAAACUAAAAAUUAUGGGCCUGCUAUAAAAAUUCUCUACCACCCAGCAUUUCAUAAAAAAUAUUACCCAAUAACUGGGUUGACUAAAGGGUGCCCAAAAGGGAGGGAUUUGUGCCCAGCAAAUAUAUUUACUGAAAGAAGCAUUAAAUUCAUUCCGAUUAAUAUUAAUAAAGAAUGCAAAAAGCGUGAAGAAAAUUUUGAAAAAAUUGUUAAAAAUAUUUAAA